AUGACACCAGAACCUGUUCUAGGACACCCAGAACCUGUUCUAGGACACCCAGAACCUGUUCUAGGACACCCAGAACCUGUUCCAGGACACCCAGAACCUGUUCUAGGACAACCAGAACCUGUUCUAGGACACCCAGAACCUGUUCCAGGACACCCAGAACCUGUUCCAGGACACCCAGAACCUGUUCCAGGACACCCAGAACCUGUUCCAGGACACCCAGAACCUGUUCCAGGACACCCAGAACCUGUUCCAGGACACCCAGAACCUGUUCCAGGACACCCAGAACCUGUUCUAGGACACCCAGAACCUGUUCUAGGACACCCAGAACCUGGUCAUCUCCACCGGGCAGGUUUUAGGUCUCCUCCACUUGAUUAG